ACCCUUGCCCUAACGAUUGAACGAACCUCCAAAUUGGACGAACCCAAGCCAGUCGUCCGCCAUUGAAGCUUGAGCUCUAACCAUAGAAAGAAGCUCUCGAAAUUGUAGGCUGAUUUAUUCUAACAGUUCAAGGAAACUUAAAGGAAGUCUGUGGAUGAAACUGCUGGCUUGACCGAAUUGUGGCCGGUUUGUAAGAACAAUUUAGGGCAUCAAGUGAAUUAUUUAUUCGAAGAUGGCUCGUUUCCGUAAUAAAAAGAAGGUGGCAUUUGUGAAACCCAUAAAGAAGCAACCGCAGCAGAAUGUGGAUCAUGUAACCGGUGACAAGAUACCAAGAAGUUUUGUCUUUUCGAGGUUGAAGUUACCUGGGUCUCUCAAACAAUUGCAAGCAGACUUGAGAAAGAUGAUGCUUCCAUAUACAGCUCUAAAUCUAAAGGAGAAGAAACGCAACAACCUCAGAGACUUCUUGAACGUUGCCGGGCCUAUGGGAGUUACACAUUUUCUUAUGUUAUCAAAAACAGGAAGUUCCCCAUACUUGAGAGUUGCAAGAACACCACAGGGCCCAACUCUUACAUUCAAAAUUCAAGAAUACUCAUUGGCUGUUGACAUUGCUAACUCCCAGUUACGUCCAAGAGUACCAAAAGAUCUAUUCAAAAACUCCCCCCUGAUUGUGUUGUCUGGAUUUGGCACUGGGGAGCAACAUCUGAAGCUCACAACCAUUAUGUUUCAAAACAUUUUCCCUGCCAUUGACAUUAACACAGUUAAACUUUCAUCAUGCCAGAGAAUCGUGUUAAUUAAUUACAACAAGGAUACAAAGCUUAUCGAUUUUAGGCAUUAUUCUAUCAGAUUGCAGCCAGUUGGUGUCUCACGUAGAAUCAGAAAGUUUGUGCAGAACCAUCAAGUGCCUGAUCUUAGAACCCUUCAAGAUGUGAGUGACUUUGUAACAAAGGCUGGUUAUGGAUCAGAAAGUGAAGGAGAUGAGGAAGCGGCAACAGUGAGCUUAGCAACUGCUUUCGGUAGAGUUAACAAGGCUUGUACUAAAAGUGCGGUGAAGCUUCAAGAAGUUGGACCUAGGAUGACUCUUGAGCUUAUCAAGAUUGAGGAAGGAUUAUGUUCGGGCACUGUAAUUUAUAGUCAAUACGGAAAUAGUGAGGAACAGAAAGAGGAAGGAAAUGAAGAGGAUGAUGAUUCAGAAGGAGAUGCCGAGGGAAGUGAAGAAGAAGACUAGCUCCAUUAUAAUGCCAUUUAGGUAUUUGCUUCCAUUUUUGUUGCGAGAUACUGAAUACAGAUUCAAAUAGCUAACCAGUUUUUCGAGUGUCGAUUCUUGUUCCCUUUUCAAAACCGCAAGU